UACGCAUAGCGCAUACGUGUGACGUGCGUGAUUCGCGAUUGAUCGAGAAGCUGGAAUUGCGAAAGGAAGAAUGGCACAUCUGUCAACAAAUCCAGCUGAUAAAAACCGAUGGAUCUGUAUCUAUCCAGCGUACAUUAACAGCAAGAAAACUGUUGCAGAAGGGAGAAAAAUACCCAAGGAAAAAGCUUUAGAAAAUCCUACUCUAGCUGAAUUAAGAGAUGUAUGCCAAGCAGUGGGGUUGCCUGUUGCAACAGAAGGCACCAAAAUGUACCCUAGAGAUCAAAACAGAGAUCCAACCUUCAGAGGUAGAGUAAGAGUUCAGCUCAAGAAUGCUGAUGGAACAUUUGUCUCUGACCAGUUCAAGACUAGAAAAGAUGUCAUGUUCCAACUUACAGAGAUGAUCCCCAAGCUAAAAUCAAGAACUCAAAAACAAGGUGGAAGUGAACAGCAACCACAGAGCAGUACAGGCAAGAAAGGAAAGAAGAAAGGGAAGAGAUAACACUCUUUACUGUCAAUCUAAUAUGUAUACAUAAUGUAGUGAGUAGACAAAUAAAAGAUAGUUCAUAGUUACUUUCAUUCCCAUGUACAUAGAAUAUCUGUGACGAAGAGUAAAUGUCUUUGCAAUUCUUUAGUAACAUUUACAAAUAUCACAGAGAUUUACUAGAUAUAGUGAAUAUUAACCCAGCCCCCCCGACAAAUUUCGUCACUACGCUGUCGCAAAUUUUUUUGACCGCGCCGCUAGCUGAGGUGCGGGGGGUGUCAAAUUGACCCCCCCCCGUACAAUGUAUAUCUUGAUCUGAAAUAGCCCAGUUAAAAUAGGAUUAAACUGGAUUUGGGUUGAGGAUACAUGUAAGGUGAAGUAUUGAUAUUGUAUUUCCCCCUCUAAAGUGAAGUCUGUCUCACCAAUUUCUUUAGUUCAGGAUCAGUAUACCUUUGCUUGAACAUUAACAUAUUUAUUGGAUAGGUGUUCCCCCACACAUUCAUUUGAUAAUUUUGAAAAAACUUAAUAUGGCAGAGUGGAUAUGUGGAAGGCCCAUUUGCA